AAUAGAUCUCUGACUACUUCGAAUUCGAUCGUUACUAGAAACAGCGACCACGACAUUGGUCGUCGUGGGAAAGAGAGAAGUAGAAGUUGAGAACAAAGAAUAAGAGAAGUCAAACCCACCCGAAUCGAUUGGGACACGUUUCUUCUUCAAUCAACCUAAUUCCAAAACCUUUGUCUCGAUCCAGACAGUUUCUACCCAUCUCAGGUGUUUUUUUAGUGAUCUCAGCGACGAUGGAGAGAUCGGCGUCGGUGGGUGUUAACGACGGCCGUUUUGGUGGAAACCAUUUCUAUUCUCCAUCUUUCUCGUCAUCUUCUUCUAUGAGACAUGUUAAUUACAGUUGCGGAUCUUGUGGGUAUGAACUGAACCUGAGCUCCACGAAUCGAAUCACGUCAACGAUCGGAUCAAAGUACGGUAAAUCCAUGAAGAGUGGAAUCAUAUCAUUCGUCAACAUUGAUGAAGGCAGAUUUAGUCAAGUUGAUGAGUUCCAAUGCAUGCCUCACUUCUCCAGAUACUCCUGGGGAUUAUUCAAACGCAGAACGAAGCUUCUCUGUCGCAAAUGUAAUAACUAUAUCGGCAAUGCUUCUCAGGAAAAGGCUCCUCCUGAGUAUGCACUUGUUACACAAAACUCUGAUCCGACAUCGCCUAGGACUCGUAGUGUUACAAAGUACGAUAUCAGGAUCCGUUCGCUUCAACCCUCUUCUGCUGUCGCUUUGCUGUGAGCGCUUAAUUCAACUACUGUAUAUACCCGCCGUUGCUCGACAUCUUCUUCAAAGUAUCCGAUUUAGAUCUUUGGUUAAGUGUUUUGUUAUCGGCUUGGUACUGUUUUGAUUUUGAUAAGGUUGGUUUGGGUUUUAAGUUUGUAUAGUAAAAACAAUUUGCCUUUUGUUUCAUGGCAUAUUUACUAGCUGAAUCCAAAAUAUUGUAUGUAUCUGAUAGUUAAAUUUUGAUUUCAAA